ACUUGGUACUAUGUAACGGAGCUAUUAAAAUGAAGACUAAUUCUUUCAAAACGAGUAGUUUUGCUUCCAUAAAAGCAGAGACUUUUCUUCUGUUUUGGGCAACAACCCAUCUACACACAGAAUAAACCCAGAGAAAAGCAAGAUUUUGGGUACACGGAAUCGCUUCAAUAAGGAAACCCUAAUUAAACAAAAAUAAUUACUUUUCCUAAAUUUCAAUAAUUUUGAAAAAUUGAAUUUCCUAAAUAAAAAAUCAAUGAACGAACUUGUAGAAGUGAGAAUUAUAUAAUAGAUGCAUGUCUUCUUUAUCACCUCGACACUGUCUUUGGAUUCGAAUCCAUAUUUGAACUGGAAUUGGGUGCUCCAGUUUCUGAUCACCGCCUUCAUUGUUGGAUUAGGGUUUAUACAUUUGCUUCGUUCUACUGCGUCCAAAUAUUUUGUCGUAGAUUCCAAUUUUAAUUCUUCAAUGGCUGCUUCUUCUGAUGUUGAAGGCUGUGCUUCAUGCCAUAAACCUGCAUCCAAACAUUGUGCUGGUUGUAAAGCUGUCAAGUAUUGCUCCACAAAAUGCCAAUCAGAGCAUUGGCGAUCAGAGCACAAAAUGAAGUGUUCAUCGUCCAAUAGAUUAAAGGCGAUGCAACAUGUAGGUGGGAAGCGCAAUACGGCUGUAGCCUUAAUCCCUUCAAGUGGACAUGAAAAGACACAAAAUAUUGUGAACAAGGUGCUCUUCUCGUAUGAUGAAUUUGUCAAACUUUACAAUUGGGACAAAUCGAUCUUCCCGCCAUGUGGACUUCUAAAUUGUGGAAACAGUUGUUUUGCUAAUGUGGUUUUACAGUGUCUUGUUCACACCCGACCACUUCUAGAGUAUCUGUUGGAGAGAGGCCAUCGGAAAGAUUGCAGGAGGAAUGAAUGGUGCUUUCUUUGUGAACUUGAAAUUCACGUGACAAGAGCUAGUAGGAGUCAACAGCCCUUUUCACCAAUGAAUAUACUAUCACGGCUACCUAGCAUUGGUGGCAACAUGGGCCAUGGAAGCCAAGAGGAUGCUCAUGAGUUCAUGAGAUUUGCCAUUGAUACAAUGCAGUCUGUCUGCCUUGAUGAACAUGGUGGAGAGAAAAUAAUUGAUCCCAAAUCUCAAGAGACUACCCUUAUACAACAUAUAUUUGGUGGUCAGCUUCGAUCUCAGGUUGUAUGUACAAAAUGCAAUAAAGUUUCAAAUCAAUAUGAAAAUAUGAUGGAUCUAACUGUUGAAAUUCAAGGAGAUGCUACAUCAUUGCAAGAGUGCCUUAACCAAUUUACUGCAAAAGAGUGGCUAGAUGGUGACAACAUGUAUAGAUGUGAUGGAUGUAAAGAUUAUGUCAGGGCGUGGAAGCAUCUUACCAUCCACCAAGCUCCAAAUGUACUUACUAUUGCUUUGAAAAGAUUCCAGAGUGGAAGAUUUGGGAAAAUUAAUAAGAAAAUUUCUUUCCCUGAGAAUCUGGAUCUUAGCCCAUAUAUGAGUGAGGAGAGAGAUGGCACUGAUAAAUACAAGUUGUAUGCUGUUAUUGUCCACGUGGACAUGCUGAAUGCAUCUUUCUUUGGCCACUAUAUCUGUUACACAAGAGGUUUUCAGGGAGGCUGGUAUAGAAUCGAUGACUGCAAGGUGACAGGGGUUGAACUGGAGGAAGUGCUUUCACAGGGAGCUUAUAUGCUUUUAUAUAGAAGGAAUUCUGCUAGACCAAAAUGUCUUAAGUCAUUUGAACCAUCUACCAGUCAACAGCAAAACGGGGAGAAAACAUCCACAAUGGCUGAGCCUUUAUCAAUUGGUGUUACGGAAGAUACUCAAACUAUCGCUCCUGGGUCAGUUGUACCUGUUUCAGUUGAAGUUUCUUCUAAUGGAGUACCCGACGUCGUUGGAUCACCAUCUUUAAUUAUUAAUGCAUCUGGUGAUGCUUCCUCUAAAGGAUUUGCUGAUGACGAAGUCUUUGAUGUAGAAACUGUCGAUACUGUGAUCGAGUCAUCAUGUUCGACUGGAGAACUUGAAAAAGAAAGUAUUGCUGCCGUCACCUUUUCUGAAAUGAACCGGUGUAGUAAUGAUCCAGUUUCUGUCAAUAGUAGUUGUCCCGAUGGGGUCCUCACUGACUUGCUAAUUAAUUAAAGUCGUAGCAACAAUUUCUGGGAAAUGUCACUGGAAAAGACUUCAUGAAUCGAUGGAGUUACCUUCGUUGGCAGAAAGCUUUUGUCUUUGAAAUUUUACGUUAAUUUCGGGACUCUUGCUGUUGAAGACCCUCGAGCAGCAAUAUGAUGCAUAUUUAAGAUUAGAUCAAAAAUGGUCAUUUCAACCCUUCUGAGGAUAGUUAAUAAUUAUUGUGUGGAUAUUUUUGGGCAACAUCUUGGAUUUCAAUUGAAAUUUACAAGGCAUCUUCGAUUCCAAAAUUUUAAAUGUGUUUGUUACUACCUUUACUACCUUUGGCCUUCAAAACUUAUGCUUUUCGUAGGUUCUCAAAUGAGACGAUUUCACAGUGAGAUUGUCUUUAUUUGGGGAAUUCAAUAUAUACUUAUAGUCUUAUGUUGAUUACUUAUAACUUUAAAGUGAUCAUUUAUAAUCAUAAAAUGAUCAAUUAAAAUUUUAGAGUGACUACUUAUAA